UGAGGACAUUGUUGUGAAUAUGUUUCUGAUGAUUACCUCCCAUGUUUAUUGGACUUAUUAAAAACCGACUCACGUCCACCACUUUUUUAAGCCUUGCGCUUGCGCGUAACGGAGCCGGGAGCUGUCCAAGUGCUGAAAUGAGGAAAAAGGCGUUUCACUCCCAUUCCUCAACAGAGGACGGUCCUCCACCUGCGAGAGAUUCAUGAGUAACAAGACGGGGCCAGCGGGGUUGUCUUCACAGAGCGAGCUCAUAGAUCUGAGCCAAAAAAAAAACACACACACAAAAAAAAACGCUUCCAGCCGAUGCGUUUUUUGGAGUUUCACCCUCUCUCGGCGUCUGACCACAGGACUGAUGUUUCUUCACACCUCCGCUUCGAGAAAUCUGUUUUUGGGGAGUUUUUCAUGAAACUAAACUAUGAUCUGUGGCUGCGUUGAGGAAUGUCUCCUGUAUUUUUGUGUGACACAAGAACACCCAAACGCCCACGACUUAGUCAGGAGGAGAGCGGCGCCCCUAUUUGGAUUAUGUGUUUGACCAAUGUAAACAUAUGGAAGAAAUAAAAAAGUGAGCACAUGGGAAAACCACCAGGAAUGAAUCGCUCCUUUAUUAAGCUUUUGGCAGCUUUAUUUACAUAUUUCAUGGAGACAAACAACUUCAGAGUUGUGGAUGCCAAGGAGCACGAUUCCAGAUCAUCCUCCAACAUGUCUCCAUCAGACUUUCUGGACUCACUCAUGGGUCGCACGUCUGGGUAUGAUGCACGAAUCAGACCAAAUUUUAAAGGUCCCCCCGUAAACGUUACAUGCAAUAUUUUUAUCAACAGUUUCGGCUCUGUCACAGAGACAACCAUGGAUUACAGAGUGAACAUCUUCCUGCGGCAGAAGUGGAAUGACCCUCGGCUGGCGUACAGUAAAUACCCAGAUUCCUCUCUCGACCUCGACCCGUCCAUGUUGGACUCCAUAUGGAAGCCUGACCUCUUUUUUGCCAACGAGAAAGGGGCCAACUUCCAUGACGUCACCACAGACAACAAGCUGCUGCGGAUCUUCAAGGACGGGACGGUCCUUUACAGUAUCAGGUUGACUCUCAUUCUGUCAUGCCCAAUGGACCUGAAGAACUUCCCCAUGGACGUCCAAACAUGUACCAUGCAGCUGGAAAGUUUCGGCUACACCAUGAACGACUUGGUGUUCGAGUGGCUGGAGAAUGGCGCGGUGCAGGUGUCUGAUGGGCUCACACUGCCUCAGUUCAUCAUGAGGGAAGAGAAGGAGCUGGGCUACUGUACAAAACACUACAACACCGGUAAAUUCACCUGUAUAGAAGUGAAAUUUCAUCUGGAGCGACAGAUGGGGUACUACCUGAUCCAGAUGUACAUCCCCUCCCUCCUCAUUGUCAUCCUCUCAUGGGUGUCUUUUUGGAUCAAUAUGGAUGCUGCUCCUGCCAGAGUGGCUCUGGGCAUCACCACUGUGCUAACCAUGACCACCCAGAGCUCCGGCUCCAGAGCUUCUCUUCCAAAGGUCUCUUAUGUGAAAGCCAUUGAUAUCUGGAUGGCUGUGUGUCUGCUCUUUGUAUUUGCUGCAUUGCUAGAAUAUGCUGGGGUUAAUUUUGUCUCCAGGCAACAGAAAGAGUUCCUCCGCCUGAGGCGAAGACAAAGGAGGAAUCACAAGGAGGAUGAUAUGCGUGAAGGCCGCUUUAAUUUUGCUGGCUACAAUAUGAGUCAGUGUCUGCCAACAAAGGAUGGCUCAGCUGUUAAGAACACUGCUCCAGCUCCGAACCCUCAGCCACCAGUCCCCAAGGACAUUGACACCAUGAAGAAGAAGUUUGUGGACAGAGCCAAGAGGAUAGACACUAUCUCCAGGGCCGCCUUUCCUCUGGCGUUCCUCAUCUUCAACGUCUUCUACUGGGUCACCUACAAGAUCAUCAGGCAUGAGGACAUCCACCAAAAGUAAAGACUGAACCCUGGACAGACAACAUUUAUUUUUUUCCAUUUCUCAGAUUGAGAAAUGCUCGGAAAGCACAGUGAGAUGAGACGGGAGACUGUGCGUUGAGAGGUACGAUGGUGGAGAUGUUCUUUCAGGGAUAAUGUAUAAUGUUCAUGCAUCAUACAGUAAUGCUCAUGUUCUGAUAAUGUGAACAGCUCUUGAGACACAGAUGCUUUUUUUGGUUGUUGUACUGCUGCAUAAUAUUUCCUGACAAAUCUGGAAAAAAAAGGUUUCAACUCAAGGCUUAGUAACAUGCUGGAGAAGAUGGACCAAAAUUAUUUUUUAAAAUCAAUUCUGCCUUGGCAGGAGGAACAAAGAAACAUUCCAUGGAUUUGUUACUGUACGGUAGCUUAGUGAGACCCUCAAAAACCUUUUGUGAUUGCAAAAAGGGUAUUUCUUAAGGAUGUUUAGGACUGUUUUAUAUCGUACUAUUGUCACGGCACUUCCUUUCUGUUUAUACAAAAUAAAGCAGCAAAUAUACGGACAGAAAGCACAUACAUUCAGACAUUAGGCAGCAGCACACGUUUCAGGCAUGAGCGCGAACAAAGCAGAUGAAAAUCUGGAGUCGGGAAUUGGAUACUGCAUUUUUAUGAAAUACCUGAGGCCUUAGAUAUCAAAGAUUUGGUGAGAUGAAGUGCUGUGCUUCACUAUUUUUUCAAGCGUCUCCUCUCGUUCAGUGAUCUAUCAGAGCCGAAAGCAGCGUUUGAUCUUUUCUACCUGUGGCCAGACAUCCAAAGGGACUUCUUGUUGUUUCUUUUUCUCUCUAAGUGUAUUAUAAAUCAUAUUCAUGGACAACUGAUGUCACUGAAGAAUCAAUGUAAGUUUAUUCAGAUGUUAUAAAAGUCACAAAUGUUUCCUUUUUAAUUCUAAAAAUAAGUUAUUGAAUAAAUCGUCAUAUAUUUCACAGGCUAGGUUCAUAAAAGUAUAAUGGCCAAGUGUAUAAGUAAGCCUACAAACUGUGAACACGCACUGCAUUACUUAAUGUUGUCAUAUCGACAUGAAUUCAUUUAUAUUCCAGGUAAAUACUCCAGGUAUCUUACAUAGGUAUGGUUUUAGAGUUUGAGACUAUGUUUUUGUAGAUUUAGUCUGAUGAAAUAUUUAUUGUAAUGGAGGAAAUGUUAUGUUUAUAAAAGAAAAAAGAAAAAAAAGCUUUCUGUAUACUUCUUCAACCUCCGCUGUUGCCUGUUUCCCUUCACUUGGCGUGUUUGUUGCUGGAUGGUGACAUAUGUUAGUAGAUGGAUUCGACAGUGAAGGACAGAUCUGCAUAACAUUCAUGGUACAGAGCAGCUAAUGGUCCUUGCACUUCUGAUAUACUGUGGUGAAGAAAUCCUUCUUUUGAAUGCUAUUCCUGAAAAAAAAAAAAGGUUAUUUACUGGUCUGUACAUCAAUAAAAUUGACUGCACAAUAUUUACAUUAUUUCCACUUCUCCUGUCAUGUUGAAGACUUUAUAUUCUCAUGCAUUUGUUGAUGCAAUUGCACUUGAAGAAAUGAACGCUUUUGCAAAAAAAAAAACCCUGACAAAAUAACGCACAAACAUAUGGAAAUGCUUUUUGCACUGGGAGUUGCAGAUCAGAUGAAAGAAAACGACAAACAGUCUCCUUGCCGAGCCCAUAAGUCAGGGUGAUGACACACGCCAUGGAUCACUAGGUGGCCUGGGGUGACACAGAUAUGAUCUGACAGCGGGUUUCCAUUAAUGCAUGGUAAUGGACUUCACACUGUAGUGUUGAGAUUCCAUCAGCUGUGGUUCACCUACCAGUUGAAUGGGAAAUACUGGUGUGGCGUUCACAGACAAAAGAGGAAAAUUGUGUUAGGUAUUUAUACAGUAAAUAAAGAUGCUUCUUAAACUGUU